UUCUGACUUGGGCUUAUUUAUUUGGGGAGCGUGCGCACGCGGAGGCCGGCAGCAGCGGUGGCGGCGGCGGUAGCUGCCGCAGACGGUGGUUAAAAAAGCGGCGGCGGCGGCAGCGGCGAGCGAUGGGAGCGCUGUGGCUCCCGGGCGCAGGCGGGAGCUGCCAAGCGUUCCGAGCACGGCGGGAGUGCUGAAGAGAAAGGGGAGCGUCCGGGGGCCCGACGCCGGCUCCGGAGGCGCGGGUCGGGUUUUUGUUUGGCUGCGCCCAGGGCCAGGCGGCCCGAGCGAACAACUCCAGUUACAACAACAACCCACCUUCCCGCAGCCGAGCGAGACCAGGGCUGCUGCGUCCGUCCUAUUGUUUAGACACUUGCCAGGAGCUCGGGAGCCAGCAGAGCCACCGAGUCCCCGCUGCCUGUCGCCGCUUUCCCCCUCCGCCACUUCCCUCCCUAGAGAAGGAGGCGCGGAAAGCAGCCAGGAGAGGGGAAAGGGCUGGAAGGAGACCGGCUGUCCUGGACUGCGGCCGCCGAGUCAGGUGCAGCACCGGGAGCCGGGCGGCGUCGCGACGUCGGCGGGAAGACUGCCACCGUGGCCGUGGGGGACAGGAUUCAAAGCCUGGGAAAAGUUCCUGCACUUUGAGAAGGAGGGCUCACUUGCGGGCGGCUGUCCGGGGGGCGGCCGAGGGGCUGCGUCCGCCUAGGAGCCUGCUCUGGUUUCGUCCACCUUUGCCAUCAGGUGUCUGCUGCGGAGCUGCGGCGUAUCCGGGAGACGCGAGGGGCUGACACGCGCGCACACAGGACUGCCAUUCAGCCGCCUCCUGGGCUCUCCUCGGAGUAGCGGAUCCCACCGGCCCACUGCCACCUCGUCAUCCCCCUCCCGGGCAGGACCCAAGACCCGGACACCUCCACUUUGGCCUUUGCACUCCUUCUGGCCUGCCUGCCAGCCAGCCCCGACUCAAUCCUCUGAGGAGCUCUGGUCCUCAACUUGGCCUCUUGGAUUUCCUCUGUCGGGGUGGUGACUAGUGGAUAUUGCUGCUGGCUGCGGCGGCCCCAUUGCCCUUUGUCUUUUCUGCGUGACCUCGGGAAAGGCCCUGGUGCGGAGCGUCGCCAAGGACGCUGGGCAAGAGGCGGGAUUGCCGAGACGUCCUUCGGUGAAGUGCAUGUGUGUUUGCAAACCGCCCUCGGCUGUCGGGAGACGGCGAGGAUCUGUCGGGGUUGCGGAAGAGCCGCAGGCUGUCGGGAGGCCGCGCGAGUGAGCGGCGCCAGAGCCCCGCAGCACCGCCCCGCGCCCCCCGGACUGCGCCCCCGCCCCGUGCGCCCCCGCGCGCCAUGCCCAGUCGUCCGGCGCGCUCCGCUCCCCGCCCGCUGGGCUCUUGCGCCUUCUAGCUUCGGAGAGCCCACUUUGAUCGAGGCCACCAUUUCUACUGAGCACCUCUCUUGUCUCCUAGCCUCCCUACUGGAAUCGGAUUUGCAGAGGGGGUCAGUGGAAUCGGAGCACUCCCUUUUCCGCGCAACCGGCCCCUGCAUCCGCAGCUCUUUUACCGCCAAGUUGAUCUUUCUGAGACAGACGACGCGUGAUCUCACCGCAGCUUUGGGGUCUCCUUGUAGCCUUGGCCUGGCCGAUUGAUCUUCAGGACCUAAAGUUGCCGGAGGAGCGCCUGCCCUGCUGGAGGAGGGUGGAGGGGAGGUGGGAGGCGCGUACCUGUGUCAGCUCUACUGCCCUGAAUAUUAUUACUGUUACUUCCAUAUUAUUUUGUGUACAUUUACCCGGACACGCUGGGUUCCUAGCCCCGCGCCAGAUACUGGGCCUCAGACACAGCGCGAUUCGCGCGGAGCAACGAGCUAAAGAGGAACCCCCCGCGCCGGCGAGCGAGGAGGCGGCGGGGGAAGAUGCGUGGCGUCGGCUGGCAGACGCUGUCCCUGUCGCUGGGGUUAGUGCUGGUGAUCCUGAACGAGGUGGCGCCGCAGGCGUGCCCGGCGCAGUGCUCCUGCUCGGGCAGCACAGUGGACUGUCACGGGCUGGCGCUGCGCAGCGUGCCCAGGAAUAUCCCCCGCAACACUGAGAGACUGGAUUUGAAUGGAAAUAACAUCACACGGAUUACCAAGACAGAUUUUGCUGGUCUUCGACACCUAAGAGUCCUUCAGCUUAUGGAGAAUAAGAUUAGCACCAUUGAAAGAGGAGCAUUCCAGGAUCUUAAAGAACUGGAGAGACUGCGUUUAAACAGAAAUCACCUUCAGCUGUUUCCUGAGUUGCUGUUUCUUGGGACUUCGAAGCUGUACAGGCUUGAUCUCAGUGAAAAUCAAAUUCAGGCAAUUCCAAGGAAGGCUUUCCGUGGGGCAGUUGACAUUAAAAAUCUGCAACUGGAUUACAACCAGAUCAGCUGUAUUGAAGAUGGGGCAUUUAGGGCUCUGCGGGACUUGGAAGUGCUCACUCUCAACAAUAACAACAUUACUAGACUUUCUGUGGCAAGUUUCAACCAUAUGCCUAAACUUAGGACUUUUCGACUGCACUCGAACAAUCUGUAUUGCGACUGCCACCUGGCCUGGCUGUCUGACUGGUUGCGCCAGAGGCCCCGGGUUGGUCUCUACACUCAGUGUAUGGGCCCAUCCCACCUGCGGGGCCAUAAUGUAGCUGAGGUGCAAAAACGCGAAUUUGUCUGCAGUGGUCACCAGUCCUUUAUGGCUCCUUCUUGCAGUGUUCUGCACUGUCCAGCUCCUUGUACGUGUAGCAACAAUAUCGUAGACUGUCGUGGGAAAGCUCUCACUGAGAUCCCCACGAAUCUGCCAGAGACCAUCACAGAAAUACGUUUGGAACAGAACUCAAUCAAGGUCAUCCCUCCUGGAGCUUUCUCACCAUAUAAAAAGCUUAGAAGAAUUGACCUGAGCAAUAAUCAGAUCUCUGAACUAGCACCAGAUGCUUUCCAAGGACUACGCUCUCUGAAUUCACUUGUCCUCUAUGGAAAUAAAAUCACAGAACUCCCAAAAAGUUUAUUUGAAGGACUCUUUUCCUUACAGUUACUAUUAUUGAAUGCCAACAAGAUAAACUGCCUUCGGGUAGAUGCUUUUCAGGAUCUGCACAACUUGAACCUUCUCUCCUUGUAUGACAACAAGCUUCAGACCAUUGCCAAGGGGACUUUUUCACCUCUCCGGGCCAUUCAAACCAUGCAUUUGGCCCAGAACCCCUUUAUUUGUGACUGCCAUCUCAAGUGGCUGGCGGAUUAUCUCCAUACCAACCCCAUCGAGACCAGUGGCGCCCGCUGCACCAGCCCCCGGCGUCUGGCAAACAAAAGAAUUGGACAAAUCAAAAGCAAGAAAUUCCGUUGUUCAGCUAAAGAACAGUAUUUCAUUCCAGGUACAGAAGAUUAUCGAUCAAAAUUAAGUGGGGACUGCUUUGCCGAUUUGGCUUGCCCUGAAAAGUGCCGCUGUGAAGGAACCACAGUAGAUUGCUCCAAUCAAAAACUCACCAAAAUCCCAGACCACAUUCCCCAGUACACUGCAGAGCUGCGUCUCAAUAAUAAUGAAUUCACAGUGUUGGAAGCUACAGGAAUCUUCAAGAAACUUCCGCAGUUACGUAAAAUAAACUUUAGCAACAAUAAGAUUACAGACAUUGAAGAAGGAGCAUUUGAAGGAGCUUCUGGUGUCAAUGAAAUACUUCUCACGAGUAAUCGCUUGGAAAAUGUUCAGCAUAAGAUGUUCAAGGGAUUAGAAAGCCUGAAAACUUUGAUGUUGAGAAGUAAUCGUAUAAGCUGUGUUGGCAAUGAUAGUUUCGUAGGACUGAGUUCUGUGCGUUUGCUUUCUUUAUAUGAUAAUCAAAUUACUACCAUUGCACCAGGGGCAUUUGAUACUCUCCAUUCUUUAUCUACUCUAAACCUGUUGGCCAAUCCUUUUAACUGCAACUGCUACCUGGCUUGGCUGGGUGAAUGGCUAAGGAAGAAAAGAAUUGUAACCGGAAAUCCUCGCUGUCAGAAACCAUACUUCCUCAAAGAAAUCCCCAUCCAGGAUGUCGCCAUUCAAGACUUCACCUGUGAUGAUGGCAAUGAUGAGAGUAGCUGUUCUCCACUCUCUCGCUGCCCCACGGAAUGCACAUGCUUGGAUACAGUGGUCCGAUGCAGCAACAAGGCCUUGAAGGUCUUGCCCAAAGGUAUUCCCAGAGACGUCACUGAAUUGUAUCUGGAUGGGAACCAAUUUACACUGGUGCCUAAGGAGUUCUAUAACUACAAACAUUUAACACUCAUAGACUUAAGUAACAACCGGAUAAGCACCCUUUCUAAUCAGAGCUUCAGUAACAUGACCCAGCUCCUCACCUUAAUUCUUAGUUACAACCGUUUGAGAUGUAUUCCUCCUCGAACCUUCGAUGGAUUGAAGUCUCUCCGAUUACUUUCAUUACAUGGAAACGACAUUUCUGUUGUGCCUGAAGGUGCUUUCAAUGAUCUUUCUGCGUUAUCACACCUGGCAAUUGGAGCCAACCGUCUUUACUGCGAUUGUAACAUGCAGUGGUUAUCGGACUGGGUAAAGUCGGAAUACAAAGAACCCGGAAUUGCUCGCUGCGCCGGUCCUGGAGAAAUGGCAGAUAAAUUAUUGCUCACGACUCCCUCCAAAAAAUUUACAUGCCAAGGUCCCGUGGAUGUCAGUAUUCUAGCUAAAUGUAAUCCGUGCUUAUCAAACCCAUGUAAAAACGAUGGCACCUGUAACAAUGAUCCAGUUGACUUUUAUCGCUGUACCUGUCCCUAUGGUUUCAAGGGGCAGGACUGUGAUGUCCCGAUUCAUGCAUGCAUCAGUAACCCAUGUCAACAUGGAGGAACUUGCCACUUAAAGGAAGGAGAAAAAGAUGGAUUCUGGUGUAUUUGUGCUGAUGGAUUUGAAGGAGAAAAUUGUGAAGUCAAUGUUGACGACUGUGAAGAUAAUGACUGUGAAAAUAACUCUACAUGUGUGGAUGGAAUUAAUAACUACACGUGCCUUUGUCCACCUGAGUACACAGGCGAGUUGUGUGAGGAGAAGCUGGACUUCUGUGCCCAGGAACUGAACCCCUGCCAACACGACUCCAAGUGCAUCCUGAUGCCAAAGGGAUUUAAGUGCGACUGCACACCAGGAUAUGUGGGUGAGCACUGCGACAUUGACUUUGAUGACUGCCAAGAUCACAAGUGUAGAAACGGAGCCCACUGCACGGAUGCAGUGAAUGGCUAUACGUGCAUCUGCCCCGAAGGUUACAGUGGCCUGUUCUGUGAAUUUUCUCCACCCAUGGUCCUCCCUCGAACCAGCCCCUGUGAUAACUUUGAUUGUCAGAAUGGAGCCCAGUGCAUUAUCAGGAUAAAUGAGCCCAUCUGCCAGUGUUUGCCGGGCUACCAGGGAGAGAAGUGUGAAAAGUUGGUCAGCGUGAAUUUUGUCAACAAAGAGUCUUAUCUUCAAAUUCCUUCAGCCAAGGUCCGGCCUCAAACAAACAUCACCCUACAGAUUGCCACAGAUGAAGACAGCGGAAUUCUCCUGUAUAAGGGCGACAAGGACCAUAUUGCCGUCGAAUUGUACCGGGGACGGGUCCGCGCGAGCUAUGACACCGGCUCACACCCGGCUUCUGCCAUUUACAGGGCCAGACCGCAUCCACCCAGUUCUCCCUGAAUGCUGCCAUGGGAAAAUGUGGGCCCCAGCUUUACCAGAACACUUAUUUUUGAAGGAAAGGCAUAAAUCUGGAUGUUUUUUAAUAUAAAGUAUUCCGUCCUUUGAGUAUUGAUUGACAUUUUUGUUAAAUACCGUAUGUGGUGAACAAAAUGCAUCUGUAGGCCAAACAUGAUCGGCAACAAAUUUCGGGGCAUUGACUUGGACAUAAAGUUGGAGAAACUGGCCUCUACAUUAUUGACGUAUGUACUUAUGUUUCUCAAAAGCCUUCUCAUCCUAUCUGAGCCUUUAUAACAGUCCCAGGAAAGUGGAUGCCAAUUGGUGAGUCCUUUUGGUGGUGAGCUAACCCACUUGGGAAUAUAUAGAGCAUGGAAACAAACACGUAAUUACUGGUUUUCAAAUGGAAUAUGAAUUUCAUCUCCAAAUGGUGAUGAGUUAAUGCCAACAUUUUAGAUAUUGCUAGGCCUUAACUUAUGUAGCCUCAAUUUGUUUCAGCCCAUCAAAAAGUUUCAGAAUAUUGAUUUUGUGCUUUUUUUUUUUUUCUUUUUUGUUCUAUUGUAUGCAACGGAAGAGCAUAGAACUCUCUGAAACCGUAGUAAAGGUUCUUGAGGUUGGCUUAUUAAAGUUAGUGUUCACAUAAAAUAUACUUAAAAUGUUUCUAGAUAAGUUGUAGAAACCCACAUGGUUAUAUCACAAUGAGAAGUUACCAUAAAGAGCUUAUUUUGAGUUUUGAGUUUAUAUUCUUACCAUUUUUGCUUAACAAACAGUAGAGCGUACGAUGGGAUGUUUACAAAAAAAGAAUAAUAUCACAUGGUACACUUUUCAUUAUGAACCAGAAGUCCACUUCUCUGUUUGCAGAUCAUCUAAUGGAGACAUCUUGGUUUAUGGUUUAUGGCAUAGAAACCAAGAAAAGUCAUCACAUUAUUUUUAAGUAAAAGAAAAGUAGCAAUUACUUGGAUCAGGUAGAGAGAUGAUUGAUUGAUAUGGAUUAUGUAUAUAAAAUGUGCAUAUUACAUAUAGAGAGAAAUAUAUAGAUAUAUUCAUACACCAUUAUGGAAUAGAAAAAAAUGCUUCUUCGAAAUAGAAGCUAUAGAGAACAAUUAAAUUAUUUCAACACACUAGGAGAUUUAACCUUUGACAAGUAAAAAAACAUAGUGGCUAAGAUAUGUUUUCAGAUCUAGACUUGGCCAAUUACUAGUGGAUAAACGUGGAGCAGAUACUUAAUCUUUCUGUGACUCAGAAAUCCUGUCUAUAAACAAUAAUACAGCACAUACCUGGUUAGGUCCCUCUGAGGAUGAAAUUCCAAACUCAGCUCCAUGCUCAUUUCUCCACUCACAUUGUCCUCAUUCUCAUCUAUGUUAUAGCAAGUCAGGAAAAUUUUUCUGGUAUCUCUUUCUGGAGUAUAGCAGAGGACUUGAAAGUGUAUCUUCUAGCCUUAUACCAUAACACGAGAAGUACAGAUUGUUUACAAUGUCUGUAGAGCGCCGUUUGAAAAUAACUAUCCAGAUUACAAAUACAUUUACUCCCUGACCUAUGAAAUCCCCCUUCUGGGAAUUUAUGCUACAGAUGGACCUGAAGAUAAUUGAUAUGUGCACAUGUACUCACUGUGGCAUUGCUUGUAAAAACAGAAGUUAGGAAACAGCCCAAGUUUCUAUCUAAAUAAACUAUGGUACAUCCACACAAUGGAAUGUACUGUUAAAAAGUAAAGGGAAGGAGGGAGGGAGGGAGGAUGGAGGGGGGUGGAGGAAGUUCUCUAUGUAAGAUACUGGAAGAUUUUCAAGGUAUAUUGCUCAGUUGAAAAGGAAAAAAAAGGUGAAACAGUGUCAAAGGUGGAUAAAUAUAUAUUUUUUUAUUUUUAUGUAUUUGCAUAAAGAAAAACUAGGAAUAGAGAGGACGGAGUGGGGUGGAAGCAAGAUUUGUAUAUGAAUACCACUUUACAUCAUUUUGAUUUUUGAACCAUUUGAAUGUCAUUAGCACUCAAAACGAAAAUUGAAUAGGGGCGCCUGGGUGGCUCAGUGGGUUGAGCGGCUGCCUUGGGCUCAGGUCAUGAUCCCGGGGUCCUGGGAUCGAGCCCUGUGCCGGGUUCCCUGCUCAGCAGAGAGCCUGCUUCUCCCUCCCCCUCUGCCUGUCUCUCUGCCUACUUGUGCUCUCUCUCUGUCUCUCUGUCAAAUAAAUAAAUAAAAUCUUUAAAACAAAAACAAAAACAAAAAUUGAAUAGAAAAGAGCAGAUGCUCUAAAGACAGCCUGCCUUGAUUCAGGUCUCAGCUCUGCCAUCGAUUCACUGCGUGCCAUGAGUAAAUUGCAUAAGCUCUCUGGGCCUCACCUGGUAAAUGGGUAUAGUAAAUCAUACUUCCAUCUUUGUACGACUGUAGUAAGAAUUUUAUGAUUUGAUACACGAGAAAAUAUUUAGAACAACACAUACCAAAUAUUAAACAAUGCUAGCUAUUAGGAUCAUAAAGUUGGAAUGUCCAAAAUGGAGUUCAUUUCCUUUGCUUCACCCAAACCCAUGUCCCUGUCACAUUCCUAAUUUCAUUGAGAGGCAGCACCAUCUUCUUGGGCACAUAAGUGCAAUGGAGUUAUUCUUACUCUUUUUCUUUCCUUUACCUCCAAUUUGAAAUUUGUUCCAAGUCUUAACUCUGCUCCUACUGUUUUCUGGUAUUUAUUCAAAUGCCUCUGACCUUGCUCAGGACUUACUAAAAUGUGACCUCUGAUGACAGGUAUUACCUCUCCAUCGUUAUGGAGAAACCCAUCAAUAACAUGUUGCCAUCAGCUUCCCAUAAAUUGCUUAAAAAUUAUUAUGUUUGGUUGAAUUAAAUGUUCGGAUCUUGAUGUGUUUCUGCUUUACAUAACAUUAUUAAAAGUACACUAAUAUUUUAAAAGGGAGUAUUUUUACAUAUUCUUACACCAGAGAAUUUGUUCAGUUUAAUGGCAUGAUUUUAUGUUAUAUAACAUUGACUUUAGUGAAAACUCAUUUUCCAAAUUGCAUUAUUUAAUGUGCUGUUGGAAAAUUGCUUAUGGGAAUAAUUUUGUGUAUCAGGUUGUCUUUUCAGUUGCCUGGUUACUCUUCAACAUGGAUGGAAAUGGAUUUUGUUUAUUUUAGUAAAUGAAAUCUGAUAAAAUUAGGGGAAAAUAAUUCUACAUUAAGUUAGUUCUAUAUGUUUUUUUUAUUUUUUAUUCUUUUUGUUUUUUAAAAGGCUUCAUUUUAGAUGUCGGUGUGUUAAAUGAAUUGACGUGAGAACCAUUAUUUCAUGGAAUUAUGUCUAGAGAGAGUACUUAACACAGCUUUAAGUGUGUUUAAGAGAACCCAAGAUGUAGUAAUUAUUCCUUCUUCCCAGAACUGAAGUAGCAUGUGCACAUUUUCUCAUUUUAUUUCUUCUAUCUGACAGAAGCCCAACAUUUCUUACAGACCUGCAUACUGCUCACAAGGCCAGCUCUGCAGGCAGUGGUGAGAAGCUAUUGUUUUCCAAUAACGUGCAUCAAAAUCACCCGAAAAGUGUGUUAAAGAACAGAUGACUGGUCCACCUCUCGUUUCUGAUUCAGAUCUUGGAUGAGCCCCCAAAGUUUCAUUGUUACAAGUUCCCAGGUGAUGCUCUGGUCAAGGGAGCACAAUUUGAGAACCACUUGUAGAAGAGGAAUAUAUUUGAGCUGUGCUCUGAGAGCCCGUGGUGUGCAUCUCUUCCCAUAUCCAAAUUCCAAGACCUCAUGCUUGAGGUUGGCCUUGAUACCAGCCCUGCUGGGAGUACGUCCACCGCAGAAGUCCGCAAAUGCUCCAAGUCCGGGCUCUUUUUCUUAUCUCAGAGAGCCAGUUGUUAUAGAUUUGCCAGCACCUGCUGUCUAAGGAAUCAGCAAAAACAGAGAUGACAUAAGCUACUUAACAAGUGAAUAAAGUAGAAUAUCACACACAUGCCGAAUUUUUAUAGUGCUUAGCGAAUAGCAUAAAGAGCAACUUGGUAAUAAUGCCAUGAACGAAUGACAGCCCUCAGAUCGGGGUGGAGUAACACAUUUUUUUUUCUCAAGUAGACUAAUAAUUGCCUUUCAAAGUGACUUUUUUUUUCAUCUAAAUAGGGAGAAACUUUAAAAAAAAUUAAUAAAAAUGGCAUGCUUCUUUCUUUAGAUUCAGAUUAAUGUAAUUUUCCAAACCAGACAGCUUCUUUGGAAACACGGUCAACUACUGUUUAACAAUGAGGAAACCAGGCUUCCAGUUAUGGAAUGAAUAAGUCACGGGGAUAAAAGGCACAGCAUGGAGAGUAUAGUCAGUGUUACUAUAAUAACGUUGGGUGACAAAUGGUAGCCACGCUUGUGAGCACAGCAUAAUGUUUAGAGUUGUUGGAUUACUAUUUUGUACACCUGACACUAAUGUAACAUUGUGUCAACUAGGCUUCAAUUUUUAAAAACUAAUUAACGUUUUUAAAUGUGGAAAAGAGAUGAACCAUCUUACAAAGGGGCAGGACUGUACCAUUCAUUGAACAGAUUUGGUAUUUAGGGAACAGUACAACAUCAGGGGACUUUUCCCUGCCAAUUGUUAGGUUUGGUUGGCUAUAUAGUCUCUGGGUUAUGCAAUUUACAGGUUUACAUUAAAAAAAAAAAAAAAAGGAGGAGGGGGAGGAGGAAGAGGAA